ACAAAAUGAUUAAAAAUUUUAAUUUAUUUUGAGUUGUAUCUGAGGUCUUAUCAGCUUUGACCAAUACGCCAUUUCAUGAUAAAUGUAAACAUAAAUAGAAGAUAACAUGACUAUUAUACUUUGUAUUGAUUAAAAUAUUUGUCAGAAAUAUGAAUAUUGAGGAACGGAGAAAUGAAAGACGCAGAAAAAUUUUAGAAAAUUCAGAAGCUAGACUUAGUAGAAUAAAUGCUUUAAAAACAGCUAAAAUUGAUUUGAAUAUUCAAAAUGAUUUAAUUGGAGUUAAAAAAGAAAAGUCUGAGUAUGAUUUCAAACCUGACUAUUUAUUGAAUGAAAAAUGUACAAGUCUUGAAAAUUCUAAGAAAGUUGAUAAAAAUGAUAAAUUAAAAGUUAAAAAUUUUGAUUUUAAUUACUGUGAACCCAAUUUAAAAAGAACAUUAUCUAAUUAUUAUCAAAUUGACGUAUCAAGAACAACAAUUGUACAUAUAUUAUUGUCACAGCUUACAUUAGCACUGUUAUACUACGAUUUUGGGUUUUUAUUUGCAAAUUCAGCAGUUAUGCCAUUUAUAAUAAGUAUCAUUCCAGAAUUUAUCAUAGUCAAUGAAGAGCAUGAUGGUUUACAUAUAUUUGGAUUAUUAAUGAUUGGAUUUUCUCAAAAAAUAGCUAAACUAAUUUCAGUGUGUUUAAAACUGUCAAGUAUUAUAGGAAAACAAUUUAGUGUUUACAUUUUUUUGUUUACAUGUUCUUACGUUAUCAUAAAUUAUUAAAAAAUUAUGUAGAACAAUAAAUCUAAAAUAAAAACGAAAUACAUGAAU